AUGGGCAAGAAGAACAAGGGAGACAGGAGGCGCCAGGCUAGUGCUGAUGCUGAUGCCAGCUUCUAUGAAAUCGGCCGACAACUUGCCGACCCAUUGAAAGAAUACCGGAAUUUCCUGUCUGAACUAAAGGAAUCUUCAAGCUCUCUUCAUGCUGAGUCGGUUCGUAUUCCCUUGGGCCUAAUCGAUCUGACUGCAACGCUGAUAGCAUCAUUGCUUUCAGGCUCUGAUGUCACUGCUCAAAUGGCACACACGACGAACGAAAACCAAGAUGUAAACUUUAUUCGGAAACUCAUGCAACGCGCCCAGUUGUCUUGCUCUGCAUUCUUGUUGGGGUUGUACUUUGCUAGUAGUUGUAUAGGGAACCAGUCAAAGCAUCAUAAAAGGUUUCAUACCAGACGGGCAGAAGGAGGUAGUGACUCGCCCAGGACACACAACAAGCCAACAUUAGAAACUCAAGGCACCAUACCGACAUUUUUGGCUAGUGUUAUUGUUGCCGACAAGUAUCUAUAUGAUGCAACGUACACCAAUGCCGAUUGGAGCAUGUUUACCGAUGGCCGAUACAGCUUGGAUGAGAUAAAUUCUAUAGAAAGGGAGUUUCUGAAACGACUGGAUUGGAAGCUAUUUACUUUGGAAACCGACUAUUUGGACUUUUUAGACAACCUCGAUCUCAUGCUAAUGCUUCGACAAACGUAUCGCCUCGGUAGCUUAUCAUAUAGUGACUUGUAUAGGCUAUCCUCUGCAGUACGCCCGGUAUUUAAGAACUGGCAAUUAGGAACAGGUUUCUCCUCUGGUGAUGCCUUCCUGCUCUUUAUUAAAAUGGUCACGAAUAAUUUACUCUGUUACCUUAUUGCUAUGGCGACGGCACUUGCUGCAGCUAGUGCAGUACGAUACUCUGUCGCCAUGCUGGCUGCCCAAGGUGCAUAUGCCCACUCUGGUUCCUCUGCUGACACUGCUGCUGUUGGUGCUGUUGUUGUAUUUGACACCAAGGUCAGCUAUCUGCAUCAACCUGACUCAAUAAUAUUGUGGGGACAUGAGCUGCAUCACCAUCAGCUAAUAUACCACUGUAAUAUAUCGUUUCCUAUACUCUGCUCAUAG